AUAGUUUCAAUAACAUCCGCUAACACAUUUGCUAAGUAUUAGCAAAGGAAAGAAAAGCAAACGAAAUGGCCGCUUCAAGACCCUUCUCCUCAUUCCGUUUACUAUCUUUUGAUGUCUACGGCACACUGAUCAAUUGGGAGAAGGGCAUUUUCAAAGCUUUUUCACCCAUUUCAGAGCGACUGCCAGCUUCAUCUCCACUCAAAAAUGAUAAAUUUGCCCUCGGAGCAGCGUUCCAUGAACAUGAAAAGAGAAUACAGUCCCUAAACCCAGGAUUGACAUAUGAUAAAGUUUUGAAGGAGGCAUAUAUUGCCUUGGCUAGAGAAUUGAAUACUCUACCAACAGACGCUGAAGAAGAUAAGGAAGCGGCAUUACAAAAAGAAGGAACAGUUUUUGCAGAUAGUAUUGCCAUCUGGCCUGCUUUCCCAGAUACCGUCGAAGCAUUGCGCAAACUUAAAAGCCUGGGUUUCAAGCUCGUCCCUUUGUCGAAUGUUGACCGAGACUCUUUCUCGAGGUCCCUUGAUGGACCACUGGCUGGUCUCAAAGCUCCAGUUCCGGGAUCUAAUACUCUUGUGAACCCCUUUUUCGAUGCAGUUUACACUGCCCAAGAUAUCGGGUCUUACAAACCCAACCUCAAGAAUUUCGAAUACCUUAUUAAUCACGUUGAGACGGAGUUUGGUGUUAAAAAGGAGGAUAUAUUGCAUGUUGCCCAGAGCCAGUUCCAUGAUCAUGUUCCUGCGAAACGUAUUGGAUUGCAGAGUGUUUGGAUUGCGAGAGGGGAGGGUGGUGUUACGAGCAUGGGAGGGGAUGCGAAGCACCUGUUGGAGAAAGGGGAGGUUGGUUUCGGGUGGAGUUUUAAGAGUUUGGGAGAUUUUGCUGCUGCUGUAGAGGCUGAAAGGGUAUACACAAUGUCCGAUAAAUUCCACAAAGCCCUUGCAGCUAUCGACGCGGCGCACUACCAAGACCCAAAUCUCACAACCAAAAAUGACGAUAGCACGAACAAACAAGUCCCAUACGAGCUGCAUUAUGCCGAAAAAAUGACAUCCUAUCUAGAAAGCUACAAUCCGUCAGCAUCAGAGCUUCUUCGCCUCGCGAUUCGCGCCCAACAUCUCCGCCGCUGGGAAAUCCCCCGCUCCUCGUAUCCAGCCACGAAAGUCGGGUAUUUCAGUUGGCGCACAUUUUUGAAAAAUCGGCAGGCCGAGUUGGCCCAACAAUACUGCCUAGAAGCUGGAUACUCGGCUGAGGAAAGUGAGAGGGUGGCAGCAUUGGUUAGGAAGGAGAAUUUAAAAAAGGAUGAGGAUACGCAGACCUUAGAGGAUGUUGCGUGCCUAGUAUUUCUGGAUGAUCAGUUCGACGCAUUUGAAAAAGAGAUGGAUGAUGAGGAGAAAAUGGUGGGAAUUUUGAGAAAGACUUGGGGGAAGAUGUCGGAUAAGGGACGGGGAAUGGCGCUGCAAAUAACGAUGAGUGAGAGGUGCAGGGAAUUGGUUGGCAAAGCAUUGAAAUCGUGAGGAUUAUUAGGCUAUUCUAUUUGAAAACUACACGGGCAUCUAAAAUGAUGUUGAAAAUU